GUGUCACAAAACAAAUAAAUGGGCUAAUUUCACCCUAGCAACAGUUUCGUGAGCAUAUGUUGUGAUUGCUACAAAGCUUGCAAGUAACCGGUGCUACCGGUGCUACCGGAACCGUCGAAGCAUAGUCAAUAGAAGUGAUAAGCCAAAAAAAUUUAGUAAACUACAAUGAAGGUGUUCAACUUAAAUGUUGGCAUUCUUGGCCAUGUCGACUCUGGGAAAACAACACUGGCAAAGGCGUUAAGUAGUAUACCUAGCACUGCGGCAUUCGACAAGAACCCACAGUCUCAGCAACGAGGAAUUACCUUGGAUUUGGGAUUUAGUGCACUAGUAUUGGAUCUUCCUGACCACUUCAGAGAGAACUGUGGCGAUUGUGACAAGCUACAGUUUACUUUUGUGGAUUGUCCCGGUCAUAGUAGCCUCAUACGUACCAUUAUUGGAGGAGCGCAAAUCAUCGAUAUGAUGAUACUUGUAGUGGACAUAGGAAAGGGAAUCCAGACACAAACCGCGGAAUGUUUGGUCAUCUGUGAACUUACUUGCCGGAAAAUAAUUAUUGUCCUAAAUAAGGUAGAUACUGUCGAAAUAGACGAAAGGCCCAAAGUAAUUCAAAAAAGAAUAAAGAAUAUAAGAAAAAUACUUGGAGGCACUGAUUUCACUGGAUGCGACAUUGUUGCUCUAUCGGCAGCAAGUGGAGAGAAAUUGGAAACGUUAGUAACUGUCCUGCAAAAGUAUGCAUUCGUUCCAGAGCGUCAGUACGAUUCGCCAUUCCUUUUCGCUGUAGAUCAUUGUUUCGCUAUAAAAGGCCAAGGAACGGUUUGUACCGGAACAGUGCUACAAGGACAGGUUAAAUUGAAUGAAGAUGUGGAAAUUCCCAAGCUGAAGCUUGUUAAAAAAGUUAAAUCAAUGCAAAUGUUCAAACAAAACCUAAAUGUAGCACGUCAAGGUGACCGGAUUGGCAUUUGCAUUACCCAGUUUGAUCCAAAACUGUUGGAAAGGGGAACAAUUUGCAAACCGGGCUAUGUAUUGGAUAUCCAUGCAGCGAUUCUACGGCUGCAUGUAAUCAAGUACUAUAAAGCUGUUAUCAAGAGUUCCAGUAGCGCUUUUAACGUAUCAGAACAAUAUAAGUAUCUCUGCGAAACUAAUCCCGAUGGACAAGAACAGAUACAGUUUUUGUUUGCACUGUUGGAGUUUGAAAAACCUGUUCAAGCCACGCAGAAUGCUUUAAUUAUUGGGUCCAAACUGGAUACCGACAUUCACGCGAAUCAGUGCAGAAUUGCUUUCUACGGCCACUUAGACUUCAUUAUUUCGGACAAAAAUUACGCUACGAGUCUUUUGCCACAGCUCAAAUUGUUUAAAGCAAAAGAAAAAGUUGGAACUAUCCAAAGGGUUGUAAGCGAAACUGAGCUGAUUGCUGCGGGGUUGUUCAAGAAAGUGGGUAACAACCGGCAGGAUUUCAUCGGCUUCAAAGCACAGCUUUGUACAGGCGAAUGGGGCAUCAUUGCAGAUACUUUCGGAGCUACCUCGAAAGUUAGACUAAGAUUUUCGUCACCACUGACGAGACAGACGCUAGAUUUGUUUGUAAUGAAAGACAAACAGAUGAAAGUACUAGUUAGAUAUAAGAAAUAUAUAUUUAAACAGAAGAAUGGCGUUAAUAAAAUUGUACAAUAACGAACCAUAUUGCUAUUUUCUUUUACUACACAUUCAAUGUAAGAUCAAUGUAGUUAUACGGAAUGCAGCAAAAAUUAUUACCAUGCAUUUGUCAAUACCUUGGGAGUAAUUGUAUGUAAUACUUAUAACAGACAUACAACUGUACUAGCGUUGUAGUUCGAAAAUUGUAUGUCUGUCACCAUGUACAGCGCUAGAACCAUGCAAGCAACUCGGUACAAUCGCUGUACCUGUACCGAUCUAUUUUACCGCUGUACAUGGCUACAGUUGUACACUGUGCAUCGCCAUAGUGGUGGGUAGCAUGAUCAAAUCGUAUCAAAACACUUGGCAAACAGUCUUUUCACUGACUUUCUCUUGAGUUAAUUAGUCCGCAUCAUAUGCGUAUAUUACGCUGAUGCAGUUUGUGUGACGUAUAAGCAUAUAAUUUAAAUCGAUUUAGUACUGUAGUAAAUCGUGUUGCAUGCUGAAGAAAAUCAUGAAACAUUAAAUCAUAUUAGAUCCUAAUAAAGAACAUAUUACAUCAUAUUGAAAUGUCUAUGAAAUG